GAAAAUUUUACAUUUUGAUAAGUUUUCUCUUGUAUUUAUUGUAACAAAUUUCAAAUCUUUCCUAUUUUUGCCGACAAGAACAAUGGAGGAUAAUUCUUUGCCCUCGUUUGGACAGACUUUCUGGAAAAUAGAUAAACGAGAAUCUGCCAAAGGACUUCUUGCCCUUGUUUUGUGCUUCUUCACCGAGCCGGGCGUAAAAAUCGGCGUUAUCUUCGGUCCUCAUCGUCCUCAUCGUAUCCCUUGUAGUACACAGAGAAACAGGAGUGCGAGGUUGGUGCAUGAAUACCAGGGAUGGCACAGAGUUAUUGAUCUGCUUUCCUGGAAAAGAGUUCGUGAACCACAGCAACAUCACCAGUGCCGAGAGAAUGCUGGAGCCUUCAGUUUAUUGCCCAGGACGAUGUCCUCUCAGUCAAGGAUGUAA